AUGUCGGAAAGUAUCCCCUUGGCCAAUCUACAGCCACACAUGGACGAGGACAGCGUGCCACUGAUUGGCGACGGUCCCCAGACCGAGCGGCGAGGACACCGAGACCAUCGCAACCGUCACAAUCAAGAAGCCGAGGCAGAAGAACGGGUCAUCGACCCGCGACAUCCCGAUCUGUCCACCUCCAACGCCGUGUCCAACGCCAAGUACUCGCCCUGGUCAUUCAUUCCAAAGAUUCUCUAUGAGCAAUUCAAGUUUUUCUUCAAUCUCUAUUUUCUGCUGGUUGCUUUGUCGCAGGCCAUUCCGGCACUGCGGAUCGGCUACUUGUCGUCCUACGUCGUUCCCCUGGCCUUUGUAUUGACGGUAACGAUGGGAAAGGAGGCAUGGGACGACAUCCUGCGACGACGAAGAGACAAUGAAUCAAACUCAGAAACUUACACGGUUCUGGAUCAGGUGACCCAGGUCGCUUCACGUGACAUCCAUGUCGGCCAGCUCGUCCAGAUCCACAAAGACCAGCGUGUCCCCGCAGACAUGGUGCUUCUCCAGUCGUCGGAAGAAUCAGCUGAGUGUUUUAUUCGAACCGAUCAACUCGACGGUGAAACGGACUGGAAACUAAGAAUCGCACCUCACAUCACCCAAAAGCUGUCGGAAACCGAUCUCAAGGAUCUCGUGACAGUCACGGCAGAACCGCCGCGAAAAUCCAUCCACCAAUUUGAAGGAAAGGUCACUGUUGGAACCGACUCCAUGGGUCUCUCAGUCGACAACACAAUGUGGGCCAACACGGUUCUCGCCAGCGGAACAGCCGUUGGAAUCGUUGUUUACGUAGGCGCAGAAACCCGCCAGGCUCUCAACACAUCUCGAGCAGGCACUAAAACCGGUCUGCUUGAACUCGAGCUCAACUCUCUGUCGAAAAUGCUCUGCUUCUGCGUCUUCUUGCUCUCCUUUGUUCUUGUGGCACUCCACGGAUUUGGAAAAGAAUGGUACGUCGACGUGAUGCGCUUUCUCAUUCUUUUCUCCACAAUCAUCCCUGUUUCUCUCCGAGUCAACCUCGACAUGGCCAAGUCGGUCUACGCAUACCAGAUUGAGCAUGACUCUUCCAUUCCAGACACUGUUGUGCGAACAUCCACCAUUCCCGAAGACCUUGGCCGAAUCGAGUACGUGCUUUCCGACAAGACAGGAACACUUACCCAGAACGACAUGGAGAUGAAGAAGAUCCAUGUGGGCACUGUUUCGUACGCCGGGGAGGCCAUGGACGAAGUGCGCGACUUUGUCAACUCUGGCGGGGAAGCCGGACCUCGAUCAAGACGAGAGAUCGGAAACCGAGUCAAAGACAUUGUCACAGCUUUGGCCAUUUGUCAUUCUGUCACUCCUUCCUACGAAGACGGCACUCUGACGUAUCAGGCUGCAUCUCCCGAUGAAAUUGCCAUUGUCAAUUGGACUGCCGAGGUCGGCCUUCGUCUUGUUCGUCGAGACAGAAGCUCUAUGGUCUUGCAACUGGAAUCUACCGGCCAGCUACGGGAAUACGAGAUUCUCAACGUGUUCCCAUUCACAUCCGAAUCGAAACGAAUGGGCAUUGUUGUUCGAGAUGGAGACGACUACUGGUUUUUUGAAAAGGGAGCCGAUACCGUCAUGGCUAGCAUUGUGCAGACCAACGACUGGCUGGAGGAGGAGACAGCAAAUAUGGCUCGCGAGGGUCUACGAACACUGGUGGUGGGCCGAAAGCGGCUGUCCAAGAAGUCGUACGAGGCCUUUUCUGAAGCAUAUGCGAAGGCGCAGAUGGCAAUGCAUAGACGAGAUCACGCGAUCGCUCACGUGAUCACGGAGCAUCUGGAGCACGAUCUGGAGCUUCUGGGUCUGACUGGUGUCGAGGACCGACUCCAGAAGGACGUAAAGGUGUCUCUGGAGCUCCUGCGAAACGCAGGCAUCAAAAUCUGGAUGUUGACCGGAGACAAGGUUGAGACGGCUCGAUGUGUGGCCGUAUCGUCCAAACUUGUGUCACGUGGCCAGCAUGUGCACACAAUCACAAAACUCAAGGGCCGCGAGGCUGCUUUGGAUCAAUUGGAGUACCUGCAGUUCAAGACUGAUGCUGCUCUGUUGAUUGACGGAGAGUCCUUACAGCAGUUCCUGAACCUCUACCAGACCGAGUUCAUUACUGUGGCCACAAAACUCCCCGCAGUGAUUGCUUGUCGAUGCCAUCCUCAGCAGAAAGCAGAUAUGGCCUUGUUGAUCAGACAGCAUACAAAGAAACGGGUGCUCUGUAUUGGAGACGGAGGCAACGAUGUUUCCAUGAUCCAGGCUGCCGACGUGGGAGUUGGUAUUGUUGGAAAAGAGGGCCGACAAGCCAGUCUGGCAGCUGACUUUUCCAUCACUCAGUUCUGCCAUCUCACCAAGCUGUUGCUUUGGCAUGGAAGAAACUCAUACAAACGGUCGGCCAAACUGGCGCUGUUUGUCAUUCACCGAGGACUCAUUAUCUCCGUGUGUCAAACUGUGUAUUCUGUGUCAUCUCGAUUCGAGCCUCUGGCUCUCUAUCAAGGAUGGCUCAUGGUAGGCUAUGCUACGGUGUACACCAUGAUGCCCGUCUUUUCGCUGGUGCUCGAUAAAGAUGUGGACGAGCACCUGGCCAAGCUCUACCCGGAGCUGUAUAAGGAGCUGACAGAGGGUAAGUCGCUCUCAUGGAGCACCUUUUUCAUCUGGGUGCUCAUUUCCUUGUACCAAGGUAUCAUUGUGCAAGGACUGGCCCAGGUGUUCACCGGUCUCGACCAGACCCUCUUCACCACCAUGGUUGCUGUCUCAUACACGGGUCUACUUCUCAACGAGCUGUUCAUGGUGGCUCUGGAGGUGAUCAAGUGGAACAAGACCAUGGUAAUUACCGAGGUGGUAUCUCUCGGGCUAUACUGCGGUUCCAUUCCGUUUCUGGGCGAGUACUUCAACCUCGAAUACUUUCAAAAGCCAGACUUAUACUGGCAGGUGGCUGUCAUUCUUUCGGCUGCCCUUAUCCCCGUGUGGGCUGCCAAGGCCAUAAAAGCAAAACUCAAGCCUCCUAGUUAUGCCAAGGUACAGGAUGCUUAA